CACACACACACACACACACACACACACACUCCGUCUGAAGCAGCAGACAGGCGGUGUUAUCAGGAGGUCCAGCCCUGCAGAGACUGCUGCACAAAUCUUCCAUCUCAAAGUUGUGUUUGAGUGCACGUGGGCGGGUCCACUGUGCGCGUGCACGUGUGUGUGUGUGUGUGUGUGUGUGUGUGUGUGUGGCUCCCAGGCUCCGUGGGAAAGCUCCAGUGGAGGAGGUGGUGGUGGAGGAGGAGGAGGAGCACACCGGUCACCAGUCCAGUCUGCAGCCGACACACGAGCCACCUGCCCCGGACUAUUUACCGGACACGCACCGCUGGAGAAGAAGAAUUCCUGGAGCUUUAUGAACUUUAAACACAGAAAAAGUUUUGCAUCAUGUCUCCUCGGAUCAGAAACUUUCUGCAUUAAACAGACUAAACUGAAAGUACUAAAAAAGUUAAUUUGUGUUCAGAGGAGGUGAGAAACUUUUACCAGACCUCCACACCUCCUCCCCGGGUGGAGACAGACAGCUCUGCCCGCCGUCCGUGCACCAUGAAGCGGCCGUGUGAGGACAGCAGCUCGGCAGAAAGUGACGUGGAGGAUGAGACCAUCGAUGUGGGCAGUGAGAGCAUUUAUCCGGGGCACGUGAAGGCGUCCUUCAUCAGGUGUGGCUCGCCGACCACAACCACUCAAGUGAUGGCGAGGAAGAAGCGCAGAGGGAUCAUCGAGAAGAGACGCAGAGACAGAAUCAACAACAGUCUGUCCGAGUUACGGAGGCUCGUCCCCACCGCCUUCGAGAAGCAGGGUUCGGCUAAACUGGAGAAGGCUGAGAUUCUUCAGAUGACCGUGGACCAUCUGAAGGUUCUGCAGGCCACCGGAGGGAAAGGUUACUUUGACGCCCACGCUCUGGCUCUGGACUUCCUGUCUCUGGGCUUCAGGGAGUGUGUGACGGAGGUUUCCCGUUACCUGAGCUCUGUGGAGGGUUUGGACUCCAGCGACCCGUUGCGCUCCCGCCUCCUCUCCCACCUCACCUCCUGCGUCUCCCAACGCGACGCCGCCGCCCUCUCCAUGACCUCCCAUUCGCCACAUCACCCCCACCACCAGCACCACCCCCACCAGCAGCAGCAGCCUCCCCCUUUACCUCACCCCUUCCACCCUCAUCACUGGGCCGCCGCUGCAGCCGCCGCCGUCGCCACCGCGGCCGCGUUCCGCCCUAUGCCGGCCGCCUCGUACGGACUGACUACGGACGCCGGAGGAGGUGGAGCCACCCAGCGAAGCUCCUCCUUCUCCUCCUUCGCAGACUCCACCACCUCCUCCUCCUCUCCUUCCUCCUCCUCCUCGUCUCUCGUCCUCCCCUGCACUCCCACUCCUCUCUCCGCCUCCCUCCUCUCCCUCUCGGCAUCAUUUCCCAUCACUCUCCACGGAGGUUUCCCCAUCAUCCCUCCUUCCUCUUUCACCACCGCCACCACCAGUCCUCCCAUCUCCUCCUCCUCCUCCUCCUCCUCCUCCCAGACUCCGCACAGCAGCAGUAAACCGUACCGACCGUGGGGCACCGAGGUCGGAGCGUUCUGACUAACAAAACAAGCGCUCCUCUUCAUUAACGUGCGACGACUUCACGUGAACAAACUACCCUAAAUUCUUUGUUUAACUUUGAUAAACAUGAACGCGUCAUUAAAACACGUCACUGUAGUUUAGGAUCAAUCCACCAAACGUGGAUUCAUCCACCGCUGAAAAUAGUCCCCAACAAAUAUUUCCUGGGUUUGUGAGUUUGUUUUUAAAGGUUUACGUCUCCGGUAGGAAGUGAUGGGUUUCCACAGACAGGAAGUCGGACACAUCGUUGGUUUGAACCCUUUCUCUUUAUAAAACCUUCAAACUUUAUUUAAACUGCGACCACACGACAGAAGACGAUGAACCAAAGUUUGCCUGAGAUGACUCACUGAAGUUUAACCCGACUAACGAGCACGGACUCUGACUGCGAUGAAGAUUAACACGAUGAUGAUUGUAAACACACUAAGCGUUUUUUCUGUUUAAACUGUGUGUCUCUUUUUACAAAGAAAUAAAGACGAAGUAACAAAAGUGCUACUGUCGUCAGACUUCAGCUGCUGACGUGUUUUUAUUUUUAAGGUCGUAAAGUUUGAGCUGCUUAAAGAGACAGUUCGACACUUUAUAAGCGAUUAGUGAUUAAUAGUGAUUAGCUUAGCAUGAAAGAAUUAAAAACAAAGGGGCAGACAGCUAAUUAGCAGUUAGCUACUUUAGCGAGGGGUUUCCCGCCCGGCAACUGGCCGACCAAUCAGAGCAGAGCGACAAACAGCAGUCAGUCAGUCAAAACUGUGAAAGUUGAAGCACACUUCGAACGAGCAACCGCAAUUUCCAAACCGUAGGUCGCAUCGAUGAACGGAGAUGAUUUUAAGCAUCCUCAGAUCGUCCUGAACGUCGACAUAUUGAAUUUGUGUGGUUAAAGUUAGAAACAUGUUCUCUGGAGUGAGUUAAAGAGCUGGCUCAUCUGUUUCUGCUCUCAUUUAAUAUGGGAAUAAAUGGGGCGGUUGGUGGGCGAUCCUGACGCUUCUGUGCUAUUUGAGCUAAAACUAUAAAUCUGACCGCUCCAACAGUAACGUGUGAGCGAGCAGCACAAAUUGUCCGACGACCCGAUGUUAAAAUUAUGUCUGUCGAGGGAAAUCUGUGGCCGUGAGAGCAGUUUGAAAUUAUUCUUCAGACAGAUUUUCCUCGGUCACGUGACUCUAGCUUUUGUUCGUGCGACUAAAACUGUGGGAAGAGUAGGUCUGAGCUGUUAGCUCACUGCUAACGUCGGGUUUGUAGCUGUUAACGAUUCUCUUAUCGAUUC